AAGAGAGAAAACCUAGCCUGACUUUGCCUCUUGGAAAGCUUUAGGUUGCAGCCCUGCCUUCCAAGCAUUCUUUAAACUAGAAAUGUGGGAGGGACUCCAGGGGAGAGAGAGGAGAGGAGAGAGAUGGCUAUCAACUGAAUUCAUUACUGUAAACAUCUCCCUGGGGUGUCAGGCAAGGAGGAAAAAAAGGCACGACUCACAUUAGCAGGGAAUAGUCAGAUCUGAGGCAUCAUUACUGCUAAGAUCAGCCUGCAACGCCGGUUGAAGGCAGGCGCGGCACUCGAAGGGAGCUAGCCGCACGCAUUCACACAUACACUCACAUCUAUGUGCUCGAUGCCUCCUCCGACGUCCAAGGGUCCUGGGUCUCCGUGCCAGCUCCUCAUGUGAUCCUCUCAUCAUUUCUAGAGGACAGAGAGAAGGGGGGCGGGGGGAAAAAAGAAAGCAACGUCCUCGCAGCCCCUUCUCGUUUCUUUUUUACCGGAGAAGGAGGAGCAGCGAGGGAAAGAGGAGCAAAUCGAGGAGAGAAAGUGCGUUGGGGAUGCCAGAGCCGCGGGCUGCGCGCCGUAGGAGGAGGUGGUGGAGAAGGGGGGAGGACGAUGCCGCUGCCUCCUAAGGGAGGAGGGAGGCGCGGGGGCCGCUUCGGAGAGGAGCGGCGGCGGGCAGCGGGCCCCAGGGGCUGGCCAGGAGCGGCAGGCGGCGGCCAGAAGCGAGGAGCAGCGGCGGCAGCGGAAAAGUUUUGGUGUGGGGGGCCAGAAGCGUGGAAGGGGAUUAUGAUCGGUGUCGGCGAGGGAUUCCCAGACGCUGUCAGGCAGGCCAGAUCCAGCUGAUAGCUGUUAUGAGGACUUUGCUGACUUCAGAAAGCUGAGCAUAACAUCAACAGAGUUCAAUGAAAGGAAAUAAUAUCACUCCAAGCAACUUGUACACAGACAGCUUUCAGUAGCUUUAAAUUAACUGGUUGCUCAACUACAAGGACACAGCUAUUGUUUCUUUCGGCACACAUGAAGGAAAGCAACAAGAUUUGUAACCCUGGCUAAUAGGACUGUGGCUUUCUUAUCAAAAGUAGGAGGUGGGCCAACUGUAAAAUGAUUAUUUUAUACUUAGGCUGAAGGACUUUAUCUCUGCUUGAACACUGGACAUAAACUGAAGCCAGUUUUAAUGAUCUGAGAUUUUGCUACUUGUCCUUUAUUAUUGUUAUUAGCUCUUUAACACUUUGAUACUUUAUUUCUUUAAAUUGGAAAUGGGUUCCUGUACUAGAAUGUGGCCCUCAGACUGGGCUGUUCUCAUGAAAUCAUGGCUUAUCUUUUCCCUGGGGCUCUACAUGCAGGUCUCCAAAACUUUGGCCUGUCCAAAAGUGUGCCGCUGUGACCGAAACUUUGUCUACUGUAAUGAGCGAAGCUUGACCUCAGUGCCUCUUGGGAUACCAGAGGGUGUAACCGUCCUCUACCUCCAUAAUAACCAAAUAAAUAAUGCUGGAUUUCCUGCAGAAUUGCACAAUGUCCAGUCUGUGCACACAGUCUAUCUUUAUGGCAACCAAUUGGAUGAAUUCCCAAUGAACCUGCCCAAAAAUGUCAGGGUUCUCCACUUGCAGGAAAACAACAUUCAGACCAUUUCUCGGGCUGCACUUGCUCAGCUCUUAAAGCUGGAAGAACUGCACCUGGAUGACAACUCCAUCUCCACUGUUGGAGUUGAGGAUGGGGCGUUCCGGGAAGCCAUCAGCCUCAAGCUUCUGUUCUUGUCCAAGAAUCACUUAAGCAGUGUACCAGUAGGCCUUCCAGUGGACUUACAAGAACUUCGAGUAGAUGAAAACCGAAUUGCUGUCAUUUCGGACUUGGCCUUCCAGAAUCUUACAGGUUUGGAACGUCUGAUUCUGGAUGGCAAUCUGCUUACUAAUAAAGGCAUAGCUGAAGGCACUUUUAGCCACCUCUCCAAGCUCAAGGAAUUCUCUAUAGUGCGUAAUUCACUGACCCAUCCUCCUUCUGAUCUUCCAGGUACACAUCUGCUAAGGCUCUACUUGCAAGACAACCAGAUAACCCAUAUACCACUUACAGCCUUCUCAAAUCUUCACAAACUGGAGCGUCUUGAUAUUUCCAACAAUCAGCUUCGUAUGUUGGUAAAGGGUGUCUUUGAUGAUCUCCACAACCUGAGGCAACUCACUGUAAGGAAUAAUCCCUGGUUGUGUGACUGCAGUAUUAAGUGGGUCACUGAAUGGCUCAAGUUUAUUCCCUCUUCCAUCAAUGUACGGGGUUUUAUGUGCCAGGGACCAGAGCAGGUCCGAGGUAUGGCAGUCAGGGAGCUUAAUAUGAAUAUGCUGUCAUGCCCCACCACCACCCCGGGUAUGUCACUUAUCAUCACCCCAGUCCCAGCUACAGCCAAGCCAACUACAUUAGUUCCCUCCUCAUCAGUUCCUCCCCCAAGUACUAAGUAUAGUCCUCUGACUCCUAUCAUAGUCACACUUCCCACUGUGCCUGACAGGGAAGACAGAGAAAGGGUAACACCUCCUAUAUCUGAGCGAAUUCAACUCUCUAUCCAUUUUGUGAAUGAUACUUGCAUCCAAGUUAACUGGAUAUCUCUUUUUACUGUGAUGGCAUAUAAACUCACAUGGGUUAAAAUGGGCCAUAGUCUGGUAGGAGGAAUUGUUCAGGAACGAAUAGUUAGUGGUGAGAAACAACACUUAAGCUUGGUAAAUCUGGAGCCCAAAUCCACCUAUCGGAUUUGCUUGGUUCCUCUGGAUGCUUAUAAUAAUUACCGAACUGGAGAAGACACUGUCUGUUCAGAAGCCACAACAAAGGCUUCCUUUUCAAACAAUGGCAGCAACAUUCCCUCCAGCCAUGAGCAGACAACUUCUCAGAACCUGGGCUCCCCAUUUCUGCUUGCAGGUUUAAUUGGGGGUGCAGUGAUAUUUGUGCUCGUGGUCCUGCUCAGCAUUUUUUGCUGGCACAUGCACAAAAAAGGGCGUUACACCUCCCAGAAGUGGAAAUACAAUCGAGGCCGUCGGAAAGAUGACUACUGUGAGGCAGGGACCAAGAAGGACAACUCCAUCCUGGAAAUGACGGAAACCAGCUUCCAGAUUGUGUCCUUAAAUAAUGAUCAGCUCCUUAAAGGAGAUUUCAGACUGCAGCCCAUUUAUACCCCAAAUGGGGGCAUUAACUACACAGACUGCCACAUCCCUAACAACAUACGAUACUGCAAUAGCAAUGUCUCAGACCUGGAGCACUGUCAUACGUGAUAGUGAGGGGAGAUGGGGGUGUCAAGGAUAAAGAGAAAAAAACUCUGGAGAAAGUAACCCUCACAACAAUGAAAAAAUUACAUUUGAUAAAUGUUACACAGAUGCAUUUAUGCAUUUGAAUACUCUGUAAUUUAUACGGUGUACUAUAUAAUGGGAUUUAAAAAGUGCUAUCUUUUCUAUUUCAAGUCAAUUGCAAAUGGUUUUGUAACUCUUUGCUUUUUAAAUCUUAAAAAAAAUAUUGCUAAGUACUGUACAGGGUUGUACAAUAAGAACCCAGUGUCAUGGCAAAGGAAAGAAUGAUUCAUUCUUCAAACAUUAA